GGAGCAGUGACUGUGCAGAACAGGGAGCGCACGGCUGCUGUCUCGCGCUGGUGCGAGCACUGGGAUGGAGGCAGCCGGCCUCUCCCUGGGGCUGCCGGCCGGCUCGGGAGGCACCGCUGCAUCCCCGACCCCGAGCACGGCUGCAUUUAUCCACCCGCCGUAACGCCGGGGGCUGCCGACAGCAUCUGCUGCGCCCGAGCCCCGCGUCGCCCCAGCUGGUGGCACCAACCCAGCGCUGGCGUUUGGAAGUUUUUCUUAGCGUCGCUUUGGCCUAGAAACAAUAUCUCUGAGAAAAAUCAAAGCUUGCGGGUUUUUUUUUGUCGGCGCUGGAGCGGUCGCGGUGCUUGCCGUGGGAGCGGGAGCCUCGUGCGCGCUGCAGGGUGCGUUGUGCCUGCGGCAGCUCGCUGGGGUGGCACCCGGCAUGGGGAAAUGUGUGGUUAUGGGGUGGCACCCGGCACGGGGAAAUGUAUGGUGAGCCCCCUCACACUGCAGCCCUGAGCGCCAGGGAAGCAGAGCAGCUGCACGCUUCAGCGCUGUGCAGAAGAGGGAGAGGAGGCGGCGUGCUGGAGCCUCCAGCGCAGGGGAAGGGAACGGCUCGGUGCACUCUUGCAGGCACCCAGGGGACCCGCAGAGUGCCUCUCCACCAGCUAAUUGUGCUGGCUAAAGUGCAGUGUAACGAGCCGGGAGGAGGAAGCGUGCCCUGCGGUACCACGUGCGGCAAAAGGCGUCUUCCAACAGAGGUCUUCAUCCUUUGCUGCUUCUGCAACCGCCUCCAAAUCCGGUGCUGAGGAGCCCGAAGCCCGCGAUGGUUUGGGAGUGAGAUCCAGCCGAUGGUCUGCUCCGAAAUCACCUGCUGCUGAGGACCGGGGACUGCUCGCCCUGCCGCUGCCACUUCUCCCUGCUCUGUGCCCGUUCAGCUCGGCUCUGCUCUGGGUUUGGUGCGGCUGCAACGGUGGGUUUGGUGCUGCACGAGAGGACAGUGCCUCCCCCGUGCAUGCUCUAUAAAAAGUGCAGCGGCAGCACAGCUCUAUCUAUAGCAGCAAUGCGAGGGAGCUGCCUGGAAGAGGCAGUGCAGGGAUAAGCCCCAAAUCUGCUGUUUUUUUGCCCAGUCCUGCUCAGGUGGUGGUGGCUGGGGGACUCCCAGCGCCCCAGUCUGUGCUCAGCAGGAUUUCCCUUCCAGCAGAGGUGUCCUGCCUGUGCCAGCAUCUCCUGGCCACCCGCACCCUCCCCAGCAGACUAUUUGUUGUGCUCUUCACCCAAAGGCUGAGCUCUCCCCAGUUCCCCCCAGCUUUUUUCCUGCUCUUCAGGGCUGGGAUCCCUCCGUGCCACGUGCGGGCUCCGUGGGUCCCCGCGGUGUCUGCGUUUGGGGCGGAUGCUCUGCUUCAGCGCUCCGUGACACCCACCCGUGCCUGGUCCCCUCGGCCAUCCCCUGGGACCCCCCCCCCCCCCGGUGCCACACGUGAGCGCGUCCCCCAGCCCUCCCCGGGGCCACGGUGGCAGGGAUCGUGUCUCUUUAACGAGGCUGGGCUUGGAGCAGCCCUGGCUGCUGGCACAGGGAGCGAGGGAUGGAGCAGCGGCGGUGAAGGAGUCGGUGCCAGAGCAGGAGCUGCAGCAGGAGGGGCGGCGGCGGCACCGCUCGGCCCUGGGUGUGAGGACCCCCACCGAAAGGGAAGAGACCCCCCCCCGGGCAGAGGCUUCGGACGGCUCCUUGGGGUGCUGCGCCCGCAGCCCCUGUGUCAUCCUCGUCCUCCAGCCCGCACCGAGGGACCAUGCCGGGUCUGUACGCGCUCUCCUCCUGGGAGGCUCUGCCCCUGAAGAGCUCCAGGGUGAAGGCUUGUGCCAACGGCUACGCCCUGAGCAUCGCCGCCCACCUCGUGUACACCAACCCCCGCGAGGAGCCCGUGGAAGGCGUCUUCAUCUACCCGCUGGAGGAGUCGGAGGUGGUGGCCGGCUUCGAGGCGGCGGCGGGCAGCCGGCGGGUCACCUUCCAGGUGCAGAGCCGGCACCGGGCACAGGACUGCUGCCUCGAGUGCCGCACCAGCCCCGGGCGGCCACGCCGCUGUGCCGGCGGCCACCUCGUCCUGGACGAAGACGCCGAGCGCUCCACCUUCGUCAUCAGCACGGGCUCGCUGGGCCCGGCCGAGAGCCUGGCCGUGACGCUGCGCACGGUGCAGGAGCUGCCCACGCUGCCGGGGGGGGCCCUGCGCCUCGUCCUCCCCCCGGUCCUCGUGCCCCGCGUCGCCGCCGCCCCCGAGCGUGAGAGCGAGCCGGGAAGCUUGUGUGACGACAGGUUGGCCCUAUGCCCCACCAGCUGUUUCGGGGGGCCCGGCGCACGGAGCCAGCCUGCCCCCGCGGCCCCCGCGGAGAGCACGGACGUCUUCUGGGGACAGCCCCGCAACCCCUUUCCUUACGAGUUCGCCUUCGAGCUGCUGGUGAAGGGCCCCUGCUUGCUGGCAGGCCUGGAGAGCCCGACCCACGCGCUGCGUGCCGACGCCGACCCCUGGGCUACCUCCGCCACCACCACCUGUGUCACCCUGGCUGAGCGUCACCGCUACGACAGGGACGUGGAGAUCAUCCUCUACCCCUGCGAGCCCCACCAGCCCCACCUGGUGAUGGAGGAAGGCACCAUGAGCUACCCUGAGUACGAGGCGCACAUCCGGAGCCGCCGGGACUACGCGCGGAUAGCCAGGAAGGAUGGCAGCGGCGAGAGACAGGUGGCUUUUGUGCAGAAGCGUUUCCACAAAGACAUCUUCCCCAACCCCGUGCUGAUGCUCAACUUCUGCCCGGCGGUGGAGCCCAUCCCGGGGGACCUGCAGAGCGUCACCCGCGAGGUCCUCUUCCUUGUUGACCGCAGCGGCACCAUGAGCGGCCCCGACGUCGACAAGGUCAAGGAAGCUCUGCUGGUGGCCCUGAAGAGCCUCCCGUCGGGGACCCUGCUCAACAUCGCCGGCUUCGGCUCCGACGUCCAGCCGCUCUUCCCCUCCAGCCGCCUCUGCAGCAACGAGACGCUGUGCCGUGCCUGCCGGCACCUGGGCGAGCUGCGGGCGGCCACGGGUGGCCCCGACCUCCUGGCGGCCCUGAGCUGGGCGCUGGCGCAGCCCCUGCACCAUGGCUACCCCCGGCAGCUCUUCCUCUUCACCGCGGCGGCGGCAGCGGGCGGCGCGGGCAGGAUCCUCCAGCUGGUGCGCCGGCAGGCCAGCACCGCCAGGUGCUUCAGCUUCGGCAUGGGCCCGCGGGCGUGCCGGCGGCUGCUGACGGCCAUGGCCAAGCUGAGCCGGGGCCGUGCCGAGUUCCUGAGCCCGGCCGAGAGGCUGCAGCCCAAGCUCAUCAAGUCCCUGAAGAAGGCGAUCGAGCCGGCCGUCAGCGACAUCACCAUCGACUGGUACGUCCCCGACAGCACCGAGGCCCUGCUCUCGCCCACUGAGAUCGCAGCCCUGUACCCCGGUGACCGGCUCGUCAGCUACUGCACCCUGUACAGCAUCGCCCGAUUCCGGGACAGGCGCCCGGCGGGCCGGGACAGGGCUCGCCGGGGCUCAGCUGUCCCCUCGCAGGACGAGGUGCCCAGUCCCGGGGGGACGCGGCCGCCGGUGCCCGGGGAGCGCCGUGAGCCGUCCCGAGGCAGCGCGGGCUCUGGAGAGGCCUCCCUGGAGGUCUCGGCUGGCGGCACGGAGGAGUCGGAGCGGAGCACGGACCUCGUUUCGGGGGGAGACAUCUGGAAGCGGAUUUACCAGCCCUCCUACAUCCAGGAGCAGUACGUCCUGACGCACUGCUCCGUCAGCACCGACCGCAGCCAGGGGCUGCUCUCCCGCAGCUCCACCAGCAGCGAGUCCACCGGCUCCCGCGACGUGGCCCCCGAGGGAGGCUCCCCGGCCCCCGACGCCACCUCCCAGCAGGGCCAGAAGAGCCUGUCCCUCUGCGAGUCCUCCACCAAAUCCGCCCCGCUGCCCUCGGCCCCGGCCCCGGCUGGCGUCAAGGUACCGGCGGCCCUGAGCACCGAGGAGCUGGCGCGGCGGCAGAAGGCGCUGGCGCGAGCCGCCCUGGCCGGCCGCAGCUUUUCCUCGCCGCACGGGGAGCUGGACGCACGCCGGCUCUGCCGGGCCCUGGAGAAGGUGUCGCAGAAGAGGAACCAGUCCCUGGAGGGGCGGCUGGACCAGCUGGGCCCCAAGACGCCGCGGCUGCAGCACAGCGUGGGGGAGUCGAAUAACCUCCUCUCGCCCACACACCUGGACUGGGACAUGCUGGUGGAGCCCUCCUACCUCUUCAGCGCGUCGCCCGAGGCGAGGGAGCCCAGCCAGGGCGAUCCCUGCCUGCCCCUGCGCUGCCACGUGGUGAUCCACGGGCUGCGGGCCGGCAAACCCGUGUCCUGGGAGGUGACGGCCUCGCUCGAGUCACUGCUGCGGCCCCGGGACGGGACGGGCAGCGAGGAGCCCCGGCGGCGGGCGGGCGUGGACGGGGAGAAGCCGCUGCACGGCUUGGCGGCACGCUCCGUCAUCCGGGACAGCGAGACGGCGGCUCAGCGGGAGGCCGAGCUGGAGCAGGGUUUCGCCCGCCGGUUUCGCCUGAAAGCCAUGCAGACCAGCAAAGCCUGCAACGUGCCUUCCCUCUACACCUGCGUGGUGCCCGUGGACGGAGCCACGCGGGCAGCGCUGCCCGCGGCCCCGCAGGUGUGGGGCAGAGCUGGCUCGGCCAGCCACCCGCGCACGGGCACGGCCGGGAGCUGGCGGCACCGGAGCGGCUCGGCGAGCCUGGGCCAGCAGCGGGACGUGGAGGAGCAGGACGAGGCUCUCAUCGGCGCAGAGAGGGACGAGGUCCCCGGGUCUCCAGCCAGUGUCUCCUCCGCCACCUCGGGCUGGGAAAAGCAGAACGGCACUAACGGGCCUCCAACCAGCCCCUCCACCUCCUCCAUGGGCUCCCAGAAAUCCACGGAGAGCAUCGCUGGCUCCAGGUUCAGCCUGAGCCGGCGCAGGGGGCCCAGCCUGGCGCUGCGCCCGCACUGCCUCAGCCCGGAGAGCGAGCGCUCCAGCACCAGCGCCAGCCACGACUACCUCCCGCUGGUGCAGCUGCAGCAAGCCCGGGGGCCCUUCCAGCUCACCGAGAGCUUCUCCGAGGUGGUGCAGAUCCCCCUGGACCGCCUGCGCCGGGCCUCCCCGUACGCCUCCCACCGUGCCAGCCUCAGCCCCACGUCCCCGGUGGCCAAGAGCAGCCCCGGGGCAGGGCCCUCCGCCGAGGAGCAGCCGGCGGCAGCCCCCGAGCCCGGGUCGCCCCCGUCCCACAGCACCUGCUCCGAGGUGCCCAGCGCGGCCGUGUGGGCGCAGGCGGACAGCGGGCACGGCUCCGAGUCCGACACCGGCCCCCACUCGGCCGCCCCCUCCGAGGCCGGCCUCAGCUGGCAGGAUGCGGGCCCAGAGGACCUGGAGAGCGCCAGCUGGGCCACGGCGGUGGCCCUGGCGUGGCUGGAGCACCGCUGCGCCGGCUUCUUCGAGGAGUGGGAGCUGGUGGCGGCCAAGGCGGACGCGUGGCUGCAGGCGCAGCGGCUGCCCGAGGGCGUGGACGUGGGCUGCCUCAAAGGGGCAGCCAGGCACUUGUUCCUGCUGCUGCGUCACUGGGACGAGAACAUCAAGCUGAACAUGCUGUGCUACAACCCCAACAACGUGUGAUGGCCCGGAGGGGGUGGGGGGGCCAAUAAAGACGCCUGGCUCCGUGCUGCCUGUGUGCGUGUCUGUGUCGCGGGCAGGGAGCCAUCAGCCCUGCAGAGCCCACGCCGGGGCUCGGUGGAGCCCUGGAGAGCAUCGCUCCCUUCCCAGCCAUCCCCUGGGGGAAGGAGCAGGCAGGGAACGAGGAACCCCUGGAGGUGGGCCAGGCUCACGC